AUGUCGCGAUUGUUCAAGCGCGGUCGGACGCCGUCGGAUGCCUCGUCGCAUCAGCAGCGUCUCCCUUUUUCCAAUGACGAGCUCCAGCAGGACGACACGGAAGCGCAGGAUACCCCUCCGCGCUCCACUGGCCACACGUCGAGGGCCCGCUCUAUUACUUCGGCCUCGGGUCUCUCAUCCUCGUACAAGACGCCCAGCAGGUCCUACAUUCAUCAUGCUGCCCACGGCUUCCAAGAGCCUCUCCACUAUUCUUCGUCGGGCGUGCGCGAGCAGACUGCCGAGCUCUCUUCAUCUUUCCUAGGCGACUCAGACACUCAGCGACCCUCUCAGCAACCGAAUCGCUUCUCGCAGGACUCAGCCAACCGUAGAAGCUUCGACUCUGCUUCAUCUCCGAGACAAUCUCUGGAGCUGGCUCAUCAAAGAAAGAGCGUUGAUUCGGAAAGAUCUUUGGGUGACGAUGAAAGACUGCAGAAGGGACAAACACGGCCAGAGGUAAUCCAAGAACAAUCUGAGCCCGUUUCGCCCGAAGUCUCCUCUUCCAACCUUCCCGAGAUGCUAUGGCAAGAUGGUGACCGUCAGAGCGGCCAACUCCGCCCUCGUCCUCGUCCUUAUAGCGAUGUGCCGAGCCUGGUCAUCAGUGAGGCUGGUGAAGAAGAUGCGACCGAGGAAACACCCCUGUUUGGAAGAAGAGCUUCGAGACGAGCCUCGGCUUACAAGACUCUGGACGGUGCUCAAGAUGACGAAGACGAUGAGGAUGUCGAGGGCCAACGACUGCCGCGCGUCAAGUCCUGGCAAACGCUACAGCACGCUUAUCCUUCUCUACGGAAGGUGGCGGUUGACGGCUAUCAUGUCGCGACGCACCCCAAAGAGUGGGACAUGCAGCAAGUCUUCAAGACGGUCGUUGUUAAACCGGCCUUGGUCAUGCCCUCGGUUUUCCUCGGUGUUCUCUUGAACCUCCUCGACGCUCUGUCCUACGGUAUUAUUCUUUUCCCUCUCGGCGAGGAAGUCUUCUCAAGCAUGGGAGCUGAUGGUGUCUCAAUGUUCUACGUCAGUUGCAUUACUGCACAGCUGACAUACUCCAGCGGCAGCAUCUUCAGUGGAGGUGUCGGCUCCGAGAUGAUCGAAGUCGUGCCCUUCUUCCACAAGAUGACCUACAUGAUCAUGUCGCGUAUGGGCACUGGCAAUCCUGAUGCUUUGAGAGCCACCGUCAUUACUUCUUACGCCAUGAGCUCAAUCUUGACUGGUCUGGUAUUCCUCGGUCUGGGCGCUGCCAAAUUGGGCACGCUUGUCAACUUCUUCCCCCACAGCAUUCUCACCGGCUGCAUCGGCGGUGUUGGCAUCUUCCUGUUCGUCACCGGUAUCGAGGUAUCGGCAAGAUUGGAUGGAAAUCUCGAGUUCACCGGAGCUGUUCUCCACAAGCUCUUCCAAGCAGACACCAUCGUGCUUUGGCUGCCUCCUCUCUUCUUGGCCAUUCUGUUGCUGACAGUCAAGCAUUACUACGACCGACCAUGGCUUGUCCCUGCAUACUACAUUGCUAUCACCGCUAUCUUUUACAUUGUUGUCGCUGCAGUCCCCAACCUUGGAAUGGAAACUCUGCGCCACAAAGGAUGGGUCUUCGAUGCUCCACAGGCCGGUCUGCCAUUCUACAACUUCUACAGUCACUAUAAAUUCCAUCUCGUGGACUGGAGUGCUAUCUGGAUGACUGUGCCUACCCAAUUUGCCCUCACCUUCUUUGGUAUCUUGCACGUACCCAUCAACGUGCCCAACUUGGCCAUCGUUGUCCAAGAAGACAAUGUCAGCGUUAACAGAGAACUCAUCAUGCACGGUAUCUCCAACACACUUUCUGGUUGUGUCGGUAGUAUCCAGAACUACUUGGCUUUCGUCAACAGCGUGCUCUUCAUUGAAACUGGAGGCAACAGCCGUCUCGCUGGCUACAUGCUGACUCUCGCCACCUUUGGUCUCCUCGUCGCCGGACCAGUCGUCAUCGGUUAUGUGCCGGUCAUGGUCGUCGGCACUUUGAUCUACAUGCUUGGUAUUGAUCUCGCACAAGAAGCCAUCUGGGCCACUUAUGGAAGACUGCAUCGCCUGGAGUAUGCCACCAUUGUCAUCAUCUCCUUGGUCAUGGGUGCAUACGACUUCGUUGUCGGUAUUGCUGUCGGCAUUGGCCUUGCUUGUCUAGUGUACGUUGUGCAGACUUCGCGCAAGACCGUGAUCCGCGCCGAGUUUUCUGGUGCCGUAGCUGAAUCCACUGUGCGUCGCCAUCCUCGUCAGCGUGAAUAUCUUCACAAGGUUGGUCCCCAGAUCCGAGUGGUAAAAUUGGGUGGCUAUCUCUUCUUUGGCAGUAUCGUCAAGGUUGAGAAGAAGGUCAGAGCUCUGAUAGAAGCAGAAGCUUUCGCCGCCGAACCAAUCCGCUACCUCAUCUUGGACUUCUCACACGUGGCUGGCAUCGACUUCUCAGCAGCCGAAGCCUUUAACCGUAUGAACCGCAUCCUACACCGUCGCGAUGUGACACUCGCUCUUGCUGCUGUCAGUCUUGAAGGUGAGAUUGGUAAGAGUCUUCAGAUGGUCGGUCUCUUCGAAGACCCGGUAGAGGACUCUACUAUCCCACCACCAAAGGUCUUUGAAGAUCUCAACGGCGCACUCGAGGCCUGUGAGAAUGAGAUGCUUGUCAUUCUGUCCGACAAGCAACGCAUCGAAUCACUCAAUCAGCAGAAAGAAGCUUCUGCCGAAAACAUCGACAUUCCCUCAUCUCUAACCAUCCAAACACCCGCAUCAGCCGACAUGAAUGUAGGAUCGCCACGACGAAACUUCCUCCACCAAGCCGCCACCACAACUCUGGAAUCCAACCGCGGACCCAACGGCGACAGCAACCGCUGGAAACACUUCAAGCAACCUCUGCCAUUGAUCCUUCAAUCUUUCCAAGGCCUCACCACCAAGAAUGAAGAUUUCUGGUUCCGUGCCGUUACAUACUUUGAACCUCGCAGCUACCCGGCAGGCAAAAUUCUUUACACACGCGGUGACAAACCUGAUGGCUUUUACCUGCUUCAGAGUGGUAUCCUUCGCGCAGAAUAUGAUCUAGACCAAGGAAGUUACCACGAAAGCAUUGUCAGCGGCACCACCUGUGGAGAAUUGCCAUUUUUCUCCGAAACAGCAAGAACGAGCACAGUCAUGGCGGAGAUGGAUUGUGUGGCUUGGUUGUUGACUCUGGAGGCUUGGGAGAGGAUGCAAGACAAGGAGCCAGAGGUCGCCAAGGAGAUGUUGAAGGUGGGUAUGAAGUUGAGUGCGGAGAGGAUGAAUGCUAUUACUUCAUACGUUCUCAUCACCGCCAGUUAA